CACGGUGCCUCCCUGACGGUUUGCGGGUGGAGACGCACGGUGAGAAUGGCCGAGGAACAGAAGUGGAGCAGGUGGGCUUGGAGACGACGAAGGAUGGCUGAACAGACAGAUGCAAAGGAGCCAUGUGAACUUGUGGGCAAACAGCUGGGCGAACCAGGAAGGUUUGCAUACGCAGCUCUCUGUGGGAUAUCUCUGGCUUGCUUGUUUCCUGAAAAGGAGCAAAGCGCCUUUAGGAUGGAGUUCAUUGAAAGCUUGGUGAAAUGGCUUGAGUUGUCAGACGCCGUCUUGCCUGCCAUGACUGCGUUCACCAGCGGUUUGGGUGGCGAGGGCGCAGAAACCUUUGCUCAGAUUUUACUGAAGGAUCCUGUCUUGGCAAAUAAUCCAGUCGUCAUUACACAAGAUCUUGUGUCCUUCUCUCUUAAGGAUGGCUAUUACGAUGCCCGAGCGAGGGUGCUGAUCUGCCAUGUCACUUGGCUGCUGAGAAUCCCUUUAGAGGAGCUGGAAGUCUUGGAGGAGUCUCUACUUGAGAGCCUGAAGGAGCAGAAGGAGGAAGAGUCAGAAACUGCAGAAGCAUCAAGAAGAAAGAAAGAAAGGAAGCGGAAAUUGAGGAGAUACUUGAUGAUUGGCUUGGCAACAGUAGGGGGCGGAACAGUGAUAGGUUUGACGGGGGGUCUUGCUGCCCCUCUCGUUGCUGCUGGAGCUGCAACUAUCAUUGGAAGUGCUGGGGCAGCAGCUUUAGGGUCAACGGCGGGAAUUGCUGUCAUGGCAUCACUCUUUGGAGCAGCAGGAGCUGGCCUUACCGGCUACAAGAUGAAGAAACGAGUAGGAGCCAUCGAAGAGUUCGAAUUCCUCCCUUUAACUGAAGGGAAACAACUUCAUAUCACCAUAGCCAUCACUGGCUGGUUGUGUACUGGCAAAUACGGCAGUUUCACAGCUCCCUGGAGCAGCAUGUUGCAGUCCAGUGAGCAGUACUGUCUGGCCUGGGAAUCCAAGUACCUGAUGGAGUUGGGCAACGCUCUGGAUUCACUGCUAAAUGGUUUUGUGAACAUCAUGGCUCAGGAAGCCCUGAAGUUCACUGUCUUAUCAGGCAUAGUGACAGCCCUGACAUGGCCGGCUUCACUUCUUACUGUUGCCAGUGUCAUUGACAACCCAUGGGGAGUGUGCCUGAAUCGAUCAGCUGAAGUGGGCAAACAUCUGGCACAGAUAUUGCUCAGUCGACAGCAGGGCAAGCGACCUGUCACUUUGAUUGGCUUCAGUCUGGGCGCAAGGGUCAUUUACUUCUGCCUGAAGGAGAUGGCUCAAGAAAAAGACUGUGAGGGGAUCGUCGAGGAUGUGGUCCUGCUGGGAGCUCCAGUGGAAGGAGACGCCAAGUACUGGAAAGCUUUCACAAAGGUGGUGUCGGGCAGGAUCAUAAAUGGCUAUUGCAGGGGAGACUGGCUGCUGAGUUUUGUCUACCGGACCUCCUCUGCUCAGCUCAACGUUGCAGGCCUUCAGCCAGUCAGCCUGGAUGACAGGAGGAUGGUUAAUAUGGAUCUUUCAUCUGUAGUGAAUGGCCACCUGGACUACAUGAAGCAAAUGGACACUAUCCUGAAGGCUGUGGGCAUUAAAACCAAGGAGUGUCGUCUGGAGGAGAAGGGGAAUCUCAGCCUUUUCUCCAACCAGGGUGAGCAAAGACAGCCGACAGCAGAGAGUCAGGAAGAGGAAAGCACCUUGGGAGAUGAUAAUUCCAUCAGCCAUGAUCACUGGUCCUGGCAACCUGUACCCAGCGAAGGUCUGCACCCUAGUGACAGGAACUCGGAUCUUGCACACCCUGAGGUUUCUGAAUUUCCAGGCCCUUUGGAUGCCAGCAGAGACCAGAACCCAGCCGGGCUGGAAAAACCUUUACCAGCCAACCCUCUGCCCUGCCCUGAUUCUGCUGCUCAUGUCCUGGGAGGAACCUUCCUUCCCUGCCCAGGCUGUUCAGACACUAAUGACCUCAAAAAACUGGCAGCACACCAAGGACUGGACUGA